AUGCCCGUCGAGGCCGGCUCCAUCCAACGACUCCCAUCCAGGCUUCCCACCGAACCUGGACGGUUCCCUGUCCAGAUGCACUUCUUCCCGGUCGGCCAGAUUCAUCCGAUCGGGCCGUCCGGCUAUAUAUUACAGCGACAGCUCCCCUGCCAGCCUCGACUUGGUGACUCACCGGCCCUCUACGUGUACCUGUACGUGGAUAUCGAGAUGGUUCAUGCCGGAUUGGCUCAGCCGCCGAGCCCGGAUGCGGCGGCAGCGGCGGCGCACGUCGCGCACAAGAUCCCCUCCGGAGACGGGCCGUAUGCUCGGGCCAAGAACUACCAGCUGGUGGAGAAGGACCUAGAUGCGUCAAUUGCAUGGUUCUGGAAGGCGAUCGAGACCGGAGACAAGGUGGAUAGCGCGCUCAAGGACAUGGCGGUGGUGAUGAAGCAACGUGGGUACCUGAGCGAAGCUGUGGACGCCAUCCGAUCGUUGCGACAUCUCUGCCCUGGCAAGCAGUCACAAGAGUCACUCGACAACAUCCUGCUCGACCUCUACAAAGCCAGCGGCCGCACCAAGGAGGAGAUUGAGCUCCUCAAGCGCAAGCUCCGAAAGAUCUACCUUGGUGAGGCCUUCCCACGAGGCAAGGCCACCAAGCGUGCCCGCUCCCACGGCCGCAAGAUCCAUGUCUCCGUCCAACAAGAGACCUCUCGUGUCCUGGGGAACCUGGCCUGGGCCUACAUGCAGCAGCGGAACUACAUGGCGGCGGAGGCGGUGUACCGGAAGGCGCAGAUGGUGGACCCGGACGCCAACAAAGCGUGCAACCUCGCGCUGUGCCUCAUCGAGCAGCGCCGGCUCGCCGACGCGGAGCUUGUGCUCGCUCACGUGAUCGCCGGCGCGUACAACGCCGGCGGCAGGGAGCACGGCGGGAAGAUCGUCAAGAAGGCGGAGGAGCUGCUAGAGCGGAUCAGGGCAGAGACGGGCGGCGCCGGCGGUGGGGAGGAGGCUGGCUCGGAGGACGGCGCGGAGGCCGACGAGAUGGAGGAGCUUCUGGACGAGGUUGUGAGGCAGUGGACGGCGCCGUACAGGCGGAGCGACCGGAGGCUGCCCGUGUUCGAGGAGAUCACGCCCCUGUGCAGGCAGCAGAUGGCGUGCUAGCUAGAAGCGAGACAUCACUCGGUAGGAGCUUGUGUGCAUCCGCGACAAGGUAGUGAAGCGUGUCGCCGUGGAUGUUCUGUACUGUUCGUGCUCAUGCAUGUAUUCAUGUAUGUACGUACAUGUGUUGUAUGUGUGUAGUCGUGUAGAUUUUUGUGUGAAGCGGUUGCAUGUGUACAAUGUGUAGGAUUUUCAUAUAUAUGUACAGUACAUAUGUACAGUAAAACAAAUCACAAGUUGCACCAACAUAUGCUCCUUGUAAGUUUA